AUGGCUAAAGACGAGACCAAGAAGAAGAGGAAAUCGGUUACUGCGGAUGAUGCUGAAGCUGCUACAGUGGACAGCCCUAAGAAGGAAUCUAAAAAAUCAAAGACUGAGGAAGAUGAAAUUCCAAUGGAAAGUUUAUCGCCGAUAGCACAUCCACUAGCAGGUAAAAAAUUGGCAAAGAAAGUGCACAAGUGUGUAAAGAAAGGUGCAAAAACUCGUAAUCUUCGUCGUGGUGUGAAGGAAGUUGUUAAAGGUGUAAAGAAGGGUGAGAAGGGCGUGGUCAUCAUGGCUGCUAACAUAUCACCAAUUGAUAUUCUAACACACAUCCCCGUACUUUGUGAGGAAUCUGCCAUUCCAUACGUAUUCGUCGCAAGCAAAGAAGAAUUAGGUGAAGCUUCUGGUACAAAGAGACCAACGAGCUGUAUGAUGGUCGUACCAAAGUCAGCGAAAUCAAAGAAAGGUGAAGAAGAUUCAAAGGAAAAGCUUGAAGAAUGGAAAGUGAUCUACGAGGAAGUUGAAAGCGAAGUCAAAGAUUUGGAUACUAAAAUAGCUUUCUAA